UAGAAAACGUAUUUUGGGUUUUAAUGCAUCAAAAAUGGGAGAAAUCAAUGUACAAAACUUAGGAAAUACAGAUAAGGACCCAAGUGCAGUAAAAACAAAAACUCCGACCGAAGAAUUGGAUAUAGCGUUGAAAGAAUGUGGCUUCGGAUGGUUCCAUGUAUUGCUACUGUUGGCUUCUCUGAUUGGCCUCGUGGCCGCUCAAGCUGUGAGCAGUACAACACCUUACAUCUUACCCGUUGCUGAAUGUGAUCUUAAUAUGGACUUAAUACAGAAGGGAUUCUUAAAUGCAAUCCCGUUUAUAGGAAUGACAAUAUCUGCAGUAAUUGCUGGAUUUCUAACGGAUACGUUUGGUAGGAAAAUAUUCCUCGUCUAUGGAUUUGGUGGACUAUUUAUAUGUACAUUGAUGGCGGGAUCCAGUCAGACGUACCUUUUGUUCGCAUCCGCGAAGUUUAUGGAAGGAAUACUGUUCGGAAUGUCCUACAAUCCGCUGAUUUUAUUGACAUCAGAAUUCUGUCACAAUGACAUCAGAGACCGUGUGAUGAUGUUUCAAUCGUCAUUCGCUGCGGUUGCUCAAAUUAUCAUCGCUAUCAUUGCAUGGGUUAUUCUUUCAAUGAAUUGGAAAGUGACGUUCUUUAAUGGACAUUUUGUUCUUAACGCUUGGAACUUCUAUAUUUAUGUGAUGUCUUUGUGGGCUCUGCUCACUUGUCUAUUCUACACAUUUCUACCUGACAGCCCCAAGUUUUACAUCAGUCAGGGAAAAUUCGACGCCGCUGGAGAUGUGCUUAUGAAAAUUUAUAAAACAAACACGAAAUCAGAUGCAUCAUCAUUAUCGAAUUCUGAAUUAUGGACAAAGAAGGAGGUAAAGCGUGAAAGAAGCCAGUCACUGCGAAGUGAAAAAAUUACAAGUUUCAAAAAGAAUCUAGUCACAGGUUUUUAUAAUUUGAAACCGAUGUUCCGGAGACCUUUGCUUUAUCAUUUAAUUCUUCUCUGCUCUAUGAAUUUCUUAACUAUGUUACUAUUCAACGUAACAAGGCUGUGGUAUCCGCAGCUGUCAACGAUUGUCGAAAGUUUCGGAAGCAACCAGGCGCGACAAGAUUUAUGUAUGAUGUUGGACACAUACACAGCUGAUAUUAAGCUAAAAAGCGCUAAUUUAACGGAUUUGUCUACAUGUGUACCGAAUAAAAGUGGAAAUGAGACGUAUAUAAAUAGUGUUAUUUUGGGGUGCGUGUCCUUAAUACCUUUGGUGCUGAGUGGUUUUCUUGUAAACAAAGUUGGUAAGAAGAAUCUAUUCCUCGUUUCUGGAUUGAUAUCGGUAGGAUGUACUCUAGGAUUACGAUGGACUAGUUCUAAAGGGACAAUGGUUGCACUAUUCUCUUCAGACGUAGCUCUCAGUCAAGCAAUGCUGAGCUUGAAUCAAGCAUUUACUGUUGAACUAUUUCCUACUACUACUAGAACUUUAGCUAUAUCAAUGCUGAUGACAGUUGGAAGGCUCGGCACUUUGGUGGGUAACGUCCUCUUCCCUGUAAUGCUGAACCUGGGAUGUGGAAUAUCGUUUUAUACGCUCGCGGGAUUAAUGAUAUGUGUUACCGCGAUGGCGUUACUUUUACCGAAAAAUAAAUAAUAUUUUCAACUUCAUAAUAACAAACCAAAAAGUGCUAAGUGGAGAAAUAAAUGUCCUCCAUUUGUUUAUUAUUAUUAAUGGCCUGUGGGAAAACGUAAUUUAUUUCAUAAGCUACAAAAUAACUUA